AUGGCGCGACUCUCGCAUUCUACCAUCCCUUCAAUCAAUAGAAGCGCAAUUGAUAUUGCAUCAGCAGAGCUGGGAAACCUUCUGCUGCGACUACAAAAGACCGUUCUCCAUACAGAUAGCGACCGCGAACGAAGACUACGAUCGAGCGAGUUCGAAAGAGCACGAGUAGCAUCUAACCUCGAAUAUGCACGAAACUCUUUGACGAAACUAGAACACGAUGCGCUGUCGAUUAAAGCGCCAGGUCGAAGGGCUGAAGUACAAGGCGACUUGAAUGGAAAGAGAGAGCUUCUAGAACUGCUACUGGAUCGAUUAGAAGACUUGAGACAAGUGGCAAUUGAAGAGGACGACGAUGAUGGGAGUACUGACGGAGAAGAUAUCCUCUCAGAAAUAAUACCUACGCCGAGCGAUAGUAUGGUCGAUUCCAUAUCAACAGGCCAACCCACUGAAAGCUCAGGACAAGAUGAUGAUGCCGAGUCAGAACCCCCAGAGACAACAACUAUACCAGUGACAACAGCUACAGCACCGGCACCAGCAUCAACAUUACCUCCUGAGACCUCUACAAUAUCGCAAGAGCACAAACAACAACCCACACAAACAACGCAGAACCUAAGAUCAAGAGGCGCGCCUUCAUCCCCAUCACCGCCUGCCCACUCAACCGCGCGCGCCGCCCUUUUCGCCAACCGGAGUAAACCCUCUACUCCACAAACAUCAACAGCAACAGCCGAAGCCUUACUUGACCACCAACGAGCCGAACAGGAAGCCCUUUCCGAAUCGAUUCUUCAGAUGGCGAGUGCUCUUAAGUCAAGCUCACAACGCUUCUCAACUACUCUUGAGGCAGACAAGGAAGUAGUGGCGCGUGCGGGUGAGGGAAUGGAUAAGACGGAACAGAGCAUGGAGGCGGCGAAGGGUCGAAUGGGUAUGCUCAAGAGGAUGACAGAAGGAAAGGGAUAUUUUGGGAGGCUGCUCCUGUACGCAUAUAUCGCUUUGCUUGCUGUUGCGUGUAUACUCGUGGUCUUUGUUCUACCCAAGUUGAGGUUCUGA